AUGGCCUACGUUGACACCGAGGAAAAGCAGAAGAAGGAGGAAAAAUGGCGCCUCAGCCGGCAGCAGAUCAUCCAGCACCAAAAGAAAAGCCUCCUCUUCACCCCGUUCAGCGUGGGCUGGGUCCCGAACACCGCCAGCGUGGCGGUGGUGGGGCAGUACCCCAAUAACCACGGCGCCCUGAGCUUCUUCCGCCUGGACAAAGGGGAGCUCGACGAGGUGGUGGGGUUGCGGGUGGAGCACCCGCUGAAGUGCGGGACCUUCGGCCACGCCGGCCAAGACCCCGCGACCUUCGCCGUGGGGGACUUCGUCGGGGGGCUGCGGGUGAUGGAUGUGGAGCGGCUGGGCGAGCUCACGUCCGAGCGAGGGAAGGUGUGCGAUUUAUCCCCGGCCUCCACCUUCCACGCCCCGCACGCGCACGGGAGUAUUAUCAACGCGAUCGACGGCGCGCGCGGGGUGGGCCCCCCGGAGAUCGCGACGGGAAGUCGGGAUGGGGGGGUACGGGUGUGGGAUGCGCGGCAACCCGAGCGCCCGGUGGUUUCCCUCAACCCCGCCGACCCCGCGCGCGCGCGCGAUUGUUGGACGGUGCGGCUGGGGAAUGGCGUCGACCCCGACGAGCGUGUCCUUGCCGCCGGCUACGACAACGGCGAUGUCAAACUUUUCGACCUCCGCACGCAGCGAAUGGUGCAUGAGAUGAGCGUGAGCAAUGGGGUCUGCGAUCUGGAGUUCGACCGAGCGGAUAUCGAGAUGAAUAAGCUGAUUAUCUCUUGCUUAGAGGGACGGGUCCGGUGCUAUGACCUUCGCACGCGGCACCCGAAGCUGGGCUUCGCCUAUGUCGAGGAGCGGGUCUCCGAUGGGACCGUCUGGUGCUCGCGGGCCUUACCGCAGAAUCGGGAGGUGUUCAUCAGCGGCGGUGGCGGCGAUCUCACGCUUUGCCGGUAUCAAUACCCUCCCGAGCGAUCCUUGAAAGAUCAGGACGGCCUCACGAGAGGUGUCGCGGGCGCGGUGGAGGAGCUGAAUAAGGCUAAAAUAGGGGAUCAACCGAUUAACGCAAUAGAUUGGAAUCGAAGUAAAGAAGGGCUGCUGGCUUGCACGUCGUUUGACCAAAGCCUGCGGAUCGUACUCGUUUCAAAGUUAUCGUUGUUAUCCUAA